AUGUCAGGGCUCAAACCCAUUAUCUUUUACGAUUUCUCCAGCAUAGUGCAGGGUAAACCAUGGUCUGUAGCCACGAUGCAAACAAGAUAUUGUCUUACCUUCAAGCGCCUACCCUUCCAGACCGUCUGCCUCGAGUUUCCGGAAAUCAAGCCAUUCUACGAGCAGCAUUCUCUUGCACCCACCACCUUGCGUAGCAUCAAUGGAACCCUAACGCCUGUGCACACGCUCCCUGUCAUCAUGGAUCCAAAUACGAAUAGGUUGAUCACAGAUUCCUUUGCGAUUGCGCAGUACCUUGAUGAGCAAUACCCCGAUACACCAAAAGUGCUGCCAGACAACACAGCCGCGCUGGUGUGCGCCUUUCUCACUGCAUUCCAUAACGUCAUAAAGGAUAUCAUCGUGCUGGGCAGUUUUAGAGGUGCUCAGAAACUCAAUCCCAAGAGCAAGGAAUAUUAUAUCCGUACUCGGGUGGAGCGAUUUGGCAUUCCAUGGGAGCAGUUUGCAACGCCCGAGAGAAGAGAGAAACAGUGGAAUGCGCUGCGUGCUGCGUGCAAUACUGUAGACGGAUGGUAUGCAACUAGCAGUAGUCAAUUCAUAUUGGGGGAUACGCCGUGUUUCGCUGACUUCGUAGUUGCGGGACUAUGCAAGUGGGUACAGUAUUGCUUUGAGAACCAGGAGUGGGAAGAACUGAAGGGCUGGAACGGAGGGCGGUGGAGGAGACUGGUGGAGGCGACUGACAAGUAUCUUGAUUGUUCGAGGUAG